AUGGAUGCUUUGAGGAAGCAAGCCAGUAAACUCAGAGAACAAGUCGCCAAACAACAACAGGCUGUAAUCAAGCAAUUCAGUGCGAGCGGCUAUGAAAGCUCGGAGGUUAUGGUUAUUGAUGAGAUUGAGAUGCAAACGCAUCACCAGUUGGAGAAGUUGUACCGGUCUACUCGCUCUGGAAGGGUUUUUCAGAAAGAACUUGUCAAAGCAGCUGAAGCAUUCAGUGCUGUAGGGUAUAAACACAUAGAAGCCGGAAAAAAGUUAUCAGAAGAUUGUUCCAAAUAUGGGGUUGAAAAUGCCCAUGAUCAGAUUCUAUCUAAGGCUGCAUCCAUAUACGGUGAGGCACGUAAACAUGUGGAGAAGGAACAUGAAGAUCUGAACAUACUGUUGCUUAACCAGGUGUUAGAACCCCUGAGGGCAAUGAUAGGUGGUUCUCCUCUUGAAGAUGCUCGUCAUCUUGCUCAACGUUACAGUAAAAUGAGACAAGAUGCAGAGGCACAGGUGGUAGAAGUUUCUAGAAGACAAGCACGGGUAAGGGAAUCUCCUAUACCAGAAAAUGUAGCAAAGCUGCAUGCAGCAGAAUCUAGAAUGCACGAACUGAAAGCCAACAUGGCAGCAACACAUCCUUUUGAUGCUGCAUCAGAGAAGGAACUGAGCUUGGCAGUAGGAGAUUAUGUUGUCGUUCGGAAGGUGAGUCCUUCUGGAUGGUCAGAAGGAGAAUGCAAAGGCCGAGCAGGUUGGUUCCCAACUGCAUAUGUCGAGAAACGCCAAAGAAUUCCUACGAAUUAUACAGCUGCGGAAGUCUAUUGA